AUGACGACUGAAGCCUUCUUCGUUUCUCUCUGUCUUUCUUUUUCUUUCAACUUUUUAUUAAAUUCUUUUUCUUUCUUUCUUUCUUUCUUUCUUUCUUUCUUUCUAUUUCUUCACUAUCUUUUAGUUCCUUGUUUCUCCCUAUCUUUCUUUUUCUUUCAACUUUUUAUUAAAUUAUUUCUUUCUUUCUUUCUUUCUUUCUUUCUUUCUUUCUUUCUUUCUUUCUAUUCCUUCAUUCUUUUCUUUCUCGUUUCUUUAUUUCCGUUUUUCUUAUUUAAUCGUUUCUUUUGUUUUCUUUUCUUUCUUUACUCAUUUAAUCUUUUUUCCUUUUAUACUCAGUUUCUUUCUUUCUUUCUUUCCCCAUUUCUUACUAGAUUUUCUCAGUUCUUUCUUUAUGCUUUCUUUUUUAUCUUCCCUUCUUUCUUUCUUUCUUUCUUUCUUUCUUUCUUUCUUUUCUAUCUUUCCGUCUUUCUUUCCUCCCUUCUUUCUUUUACUUUUCUCUUUUAA